AUGCUUUUCAGCGAGCAGAAGACGCCUUUCUUCCGACUUUUGAUAGAGUGGUGGACUGCGAAACCAGCGGCUCCGGGCCUGCUCGUCACCGAGCUGCUGCAACCUCUCCCGGUUCUGAUGGAUCCUGGACAGGAUUUGCUUCUCGCAGCUCUCAGCGAGAGUGGUAUUUGUCCCAAUGAUAUAGGUUUAUUUGAUGUUGAAUCUCAAGAUGCUGGACAGUCAUCUAACUCUCAACAGUCCAUCUCUAUCAAUGCCCUGGAUGUUGGUUUGGGAAGAGAGCUUGUUGAAGCUCGUCAGCCAGCGAGCUCAAUACCACCUUCGGUCAUUUCAAUCAGGAAACCUCAGCCAUCAACAACCACGUUUGUCUUAAAUCAGUUGAAUCAGCUGCCACCAUUAGGAGCCAUUGUAACAAAACACGCCGCUACAAAUCCUAUCAAACAUACAAUAACUGUGACCAAGGUGGUCCAUGUGGCCAAUUCAGCACUUAGAGGUUCACCUACUCAGUCGGCUGCAAGUAUUUCAUCACUGACCACAGUGCCUUCAAAUAGAGAGCAGAUUCAGUUGAAGGAUCUACUUCGAGCAAGAAAUAUUAAAAGCACAAACUUGAAGGGUAACAGCUUAAUGGAACUUAUGAAACUUAAACCUCCAUCUGAUAUUGCACCGCCUGUGGCAACAGCAACUUCUACUGGAAAUGACCUGAACAAUGGGAUCAAAAAGGAACUAAUGAAUAAAGACUCUCCCAAAAUCUGGGUUACUGAAGAGUCUCGAGUGCAACGUUUUCAUUUAAGACCACCAGGUUUGAGGGAUGAUGAGGAACCAGAGGAGGAAGAUGAAGAGGAGUUGGGUCAUGCAGAGACUUACGCCGAAUACAUGCCAAUGAAGUUAAAAGUUGGCCUGAGACACCCUGAUCCUGUGGUAGAAACUAGUUCCCUUUCAAGUGUCAGCCCUCCAGAUGUGUGGUACAGGCUUUCCAUCCCAGAGGAGGUCAUUGACAGAGGCUGUUUGUCUGCUUUGCAACUAGAAGCAGUUACGUAUUCAGCACAGCAACACGAAACAUUUCUUCCGAAUGGUGAAAGAGCUGCUUACUUGAUUGGGGACGGAGCCGGUGUAGGCAAAGGGCGCACCAUAGCAGGAAUCAUCUACGAAAAUUACCUUCUUGGCCGGAAGCGCUCUCUUUGGUUUAGUGUUUCCAAUGAUUUGAAGUAUGAUGCUGAAAGAGACUUGAGGGACAUUGGUGCAAAAAAUAUUCAAGUCCAUUCUCUAAACAAGUUCAAAUAUGGAAAAAUAUCGGCUAAACAUAAUGGAAGUGUGAGGAAAGGUGUAAUAUUUGCUACAUACUCAUCCUUGAUUGGAGAAAGUCAGUCAGGUGGAAAGUACAAGACCAGAUUCGACCAGCUUCUUCACUGGUGUGGGGAAGAUUUUGACGGCGUUAUUGUUUAUGAUGAGUGUCACAAAGCCAAAAAUGUUUGUCCGAUCGGAUCAUCAAAGCCUACGAAAACAGGACUUGCUGUGCUCGAGUUGCAAAACAAACUGCCCAAAGCUCGUGUUGUAUAUGCUAGUGCAACAGGUGCUUCUGAACCAAGGAACAUGGCCUAUAUGAAUCGUCUAGGCAUAUGGGGACACAAAACCCCUUUUAAAGAAUUUGGAAAUUUCAUCCAAGCUGUGGAGCGCAGAGGCGUGGGCGCUAUGGAGAUUGUUGCAAUGGACAUGAAACUGAGGGGGAUGUACAUUGCACGACAGCUUAGUUUCACAGGUGUAACGUUUAAGAUUGAGGAGGUUCCACUGAGUCAAAAAUACAUAAAAAUGUAUAACAAGUCUGUUAAACUGUGGGUGAGUGCGCGGGAAAAGUUUCAACAAGCGGCUAAUCUGAUGGAUGCGGAGCAACGUAUGAAAAAGUCCAUGUGGGGCCAGUUCUGGUCAGCCCAUCAGAGGUUCUUCAAAUAUUUGUGCAUUGCUUCAAAAGUUCAUAGGGUGGUGCAACUUGCUCGAGAAGAGGUUCAGAAUGGAAAGUGUGUGGUGAUUGGCCUUCAGUCUACUGGAGAAGCACGGACACUAGAGGCGCUGGAGGAAGGAGGCGGAGAGCUCAAUGAUUUUGUGUCAACCGCAAAGGGUGUUCUUCAGUCUCUAAUUGAAAAGCAUUUUCCGGCACCUGAUAGACAGAAACUUUAUAGUUUGCUUGGACUAGACAUUCCUGGAAAUAAAGCGGAAACCGUGAGCAACAGUGCUGGGACUGAGCAAAAGGGCAAGAAGAGAAAAGCUCCAGAACCAAAGAAGCCGAAGAAGAAAGCUCGUAAGCACGGGGGUCUUUCGGGCACCAGCUCCGACGAAAGCCAGUCUGAUGCUUCUGAUAAAGAAUCUGAGAAGGAGAUGGACAGUGAUGACAGCUUCAAGUCUGUGAGCUCUGCUGAAGAUGAUGAUUUUAACCCUUUCAGAGAAGAAUCCGGUGACGACGAUGAUCCAUGGCUAAUCAGAAAAGAACCCAAAAAAAGGAAGGAGAAGAAGACUAAGAAUAAAAGGAGGAAAAGUGUUGAUCCAGACUCUAUUCAGAGCGCCUUAUUGGCAUCUGGACUGGGAUCCACAAGACCCACUUUCACCACCGUGAGCACACCCAGUCUUCCUGCACCAGCAAAACCAGAAAACAAUGAUGGCUGCUUAACCAGUCAGGACUCAGUGGAACUUGCCCAAAAGAUGAAGAAGGAUCUGCUGGAGCAGUUGGAGAAGCUUUCGGAGGACCUCCCUCCCAAUACAUUGGAUGAGUUGAUUGAUGAACUUGGGGGCCCUGAGAAUGUUGCCGAGAUGACUGGUCGUAAAGGCCGUGUGGUGAGCAACGAUGAUGGAAGCAUUACUUAUGAGUCUCGCUCAGAGCUGGACGUUCCUGUGGAAAUCCUCAAUCUAACAGAAAAGCAAAGAUUUAUGGAUGGAGAGAAAAAUAUAGCCAUAAUCUCUGAAGCUGCCAGCUCUGGUAUAUCUCUGCAAGCGGACCGGCGAGUGCGUAACCAACGGAGGAGAGUUCAUAUGACUCUGGAGCUGCCAUGGAGCGCAGACAGAGCGAUACAGCAGUUUGGGAGAACUCACAGAUCAAACCAAGUAACUGCUCCUGAGUACGUUUUCCUCAUAUCAGAACUUGCUGGAGAGCAGAGGUUUGCAUCUAUUGUUGCCAAAAGACUGGAAAGCUUGGGGGCUCUUACUCAUGGAGACAGAAGAGCAACAGAGACCAGAGACUUGAGCAGAUUUAAUUUUGAUAACAAGUAUGGCAGAAAUGCUCUUGAGAUUGUCAUGAAGUCGAUUGUGAAGCUUGAUAGUCCAUUGGUGCCUCCGCCGGCGGAGUUUAAAGGAGAUUUCUUUAAAGAAAUUCAGGGUGGUUUAAUUGGUGUGGGUUUAAUAAGUAUAGAGGAAAGGUCUGGAGGGUUGUCACUUGACAAAGACUACAACAACAUUGGGAAGUUUCUCAAUCGCAUUUUGGGAAUGGAAGUUCAGCAGCAGAAUUCAUUGUUCCAAUAUUUCUCAGAAACUCUAGCUGCAGUCAUUCAAGAAGCCAAAAAGAACGGCAGAUAUGACAUGGGUAUUCUGGACCUUGGCUCUGGCGAUGAGAAAGUUGAGAAGGUUGAAUCUAAGAAGUUUUUAACUCCAGGUUACACAACAUCAGGACACGUUGAACUGUUCACUGUCAAGGUUGAAAGAGGGAUGUCCUGGGAAGAGGCUACUCAUGCCUGGGCAGAUCAAAAUGGGCCUGACGAUGGAUUUUAUGUGCAGAUGAGAAACAACAAGAAAACGGCAAUAUUAGUCAACGAAGUGAAUCCCAAAAAGCGUCUGUUUCUAGUCUACCGACCAAACACUGGAAGACAGCUAAAAUUGGAGACUUAUGCUGAUAUCAAGAAAAAAUUCAAAAAGGUAUUGUCAGAAGAAGCCAAACGCCACUGGAUGGAUCAGUACAACUCGUCAGCACUGAUUUGCUCUCAUGCUUAUUGGAGGGGAAACUGUAAGAAGGCAUCAGUCGGUCUGCAGUGUGAGGUGGGCCUCCGGUGCAGGACGUACUAUGUCCUUUGUGGGUCGGUUCUCAGUGUUUGGAAUGAACUGGAGGAAGUGCUCACUCCGGUCAGUGGAACCAAUGUAAAAGUUCAGAUCGUCCGUCUCAGAACAGAAGAUGGUCAGAGAAUAGUUGGACUCUUGAUUCCAGCAAAUUGUGUCUCUCCACUCAUCCAUAAACUCUCCACGUCAGACCAGAGCCAGCAGAUCGCGGUGCAGGAACUGCAGAAACGACAACAGCUCCAUCCCCAAAGUUUCAGUCAUGUUCUUAACCUUUAG